UGAUAUUUCCAGACGCCUGGCGCUCUUUCCCCGCUCUCGCCUGCCUGCCUGCCUGCCUGCCUCCCUUUCCUUCCCCCGUUUUCCCUCCCCCUUUUUAAAAUGGCGGUAUGCAUGAGACACCCAUGCUAGGAAAGAGCCCACAGCCAAGGCAGCCACCCCAAACCUCCCCCCCGUCGCCGGCGCCGCAGCUGCUGCGCGCCGCGGCUUUUGCGCUUCUCCACGCCGACGACGCCUCGAUGGGCCGCUGCCGCGGAUUGCUGGCCCUCGUCCUAGCGGCGGGUUUCUGCUAGCAGCAGCGGGGAAGCAUAAGGUUGCUGAAAAGUGCCUUCCUUGAAGCUGGCGUCAUCACCGCUGCUUGGAUUUCUGUCUAAGGCUUUGCCUCGCUCGCUUUUUUAAAACAAUAUAUAUACGUAUAUAUAUUCCCUUCUCUCUUUUUUUUUUGCUCUGUCUUUUUUUUAAAAAAAAAAAAGUUUGGCGUUGCUUGCAGUUCAUAUCCUGACGGCAACUCACCCAUCUUUCAUUUUUUUUCCCUUCCCCUUUUACAACUCAAUUUGCUCAGCCAUUUUUUCCCCUCCCUCCUCCUGACUAUGUAGCAAACUCAACUCUUCUUUUAGAAAAACAAAAUCAAAAUCAAAAUCAAACAAAAGAAAAAAGGAAAUCAUACCAUUUCUUCCGUUGGUUUGAAUACUUGCAACUUUGUCGGGGGGGUGUUUAGGAGCAAGAAGGAAGUGUAGGAACUUGUCAAAAGAGUUUUGCCCCAGCCAAGAAACGAAACCAUUCCGCUCAACCUGCAGCCUUGUCUGGGUUUUUUUGUUUUGUUUUCGGGGGAAUUUUUGUGUGUGAGAAUAAUUGAAAGCAGUAACUGGAGAGCACAGAAUCAUUCGGGAAGGGGGGGGGGAAAGUCUGCCAGUUAUUUUUAAAUAAUUUUGGCAGUGGCACAAAAUAUUAUAUAUAUAUAUAUAUAAAAAAUAUAUAACAUUUCUAUUUUAACUUCAACAAUUGCACUUUUUAGGAGCUGGCCUCUAAUUUGAUUUUUGAGUUCAUUCUGAUGAGAUUUCUAUUUUAUGAUUGGCUUUACGUUUAAUCCUUGUUUUCGACAAACACAAUUUGAGUUCUAUGGAAACCUAAGUGCUGACGAAUAGAAAUUUUACCAAAGCAACAAGUUAGUUAUCUCUUCACUUCUUUUUUUUUUUAACUUGGAAUUCCCUUUUUAAACUUUUUUCCCUCUUAAAAUAUCAUCAGUACUAUUCUCCGGAAGAAGGGUGGUGUUACGUGUGGUUUCAUUUCUCCCCCCCCCCCCCACGUUUUUUUUCCCCUUCCUUUUUUUUUCCUUUUCCUUUUUUUCUUGUGGGUAGUUUUUAAUAUGGCUAUGAACGUUUCUUUGGUUCGUGAUACAAAAUGGCUGACGUUAGAAGUAUGUCGAGAAUUUCAGAGAGGUACUUGCUCUCGCUCCGACACAGAGUGCAAGUUUGCUCACCCGUCACGGAGUUGCCACGUGGAAAACGGACGCGUUAUCGCCUGCUUUGACUCUCUCAAGGGCCGGUGCACUCGAGAAAACUGCAAAUACCUUCACCCUCCGCCGCACUUAAAAACACAACUCGAAAUCAACGGACGCAACAACCUGAUUCAGCAAAAGACCGCAGCAGCCAUGUUUGCACAGCAAAUGCAGUUCAUGCUACCCGGAGCACAACUACAGCCAAUUACGACGUUUGCUGUGACUCCUUCGCUUGCAACUAGCCCCACCAUGGCGUUUAGUCCCUACUUAGGUCACGUUUCUCCUGGAAUGGGCUUGGUUCCUGCAGAGCUCUUACCAAAUGCACCUGUCUUGAUGUCCGGGAACCCGGCCGUUUCGGUACCGGGAGGCUCUGCUGGGCAGAAACUGAUGAGGACAGAUAAAUUGGAGGUUUGCCGAGAGUUCCAGCGCGGGAACUGCACGCGUGGUGAGAACGAUUGCCGUUACGCUCAUCCGAUAGAUAUUGCCAUGAUAGACACAAACGAGAACACUGUUACAGUUUGCAUGGAUUACAUCAAAGGGCGGUGUUCUAGGGAGAAAUGCAAGUACUUCCAUCCACCUGCUCACCUGCAAGCCAAAAUCAAGGCAGCUCAACACCAGGUGAAUCAAAGUGCUGCAGCCGCAAUGACUCCGCCAACUGUCCGAUCAAUGAAGCGACCCCUCGAGGCAACCUUUGACCUGGCUUUGCCGCCUGGUGCACUUCAACCUUUACCAAAGAGGCCAACACUUGAAAAGAACAAUGGUGCCACUACAGUCUUCAACCCAAGUGUUUUCCACUACCAACAGGCCCUCGCAAACAUGCAGUUGCAACAACCUACGUUUAUCCCUACAGGGUCUGUGCUGUGCAUGACUCCCACAGCAAGCGUUGUUCCCAUGAUGCACGGUGCUACGCCCACCACUGUCUCUACAACGACACCUGCCACCAGCGUUCCUUUCGCUGCAACUGCUACAGCCAAUCAGAUAUCCCAGUUGUCAGUAGAUGAACUAAACAGUAGCAUGUUUGUCUCACAAAUGUAGAAGCAAGCAACAGAACACAAACCAUGUUGAAAUUCUGAACCUGAAAUCAUGGAGUUACCUGGACUUUUCUCUCUUGGUUGGAAGCUGCUGCCGGGCUCUCUGUAUCUAUAAGCCCAUCCUCUCCAACAUCUACAGUAAGCCGUUUGCAGCCUACAUGUUAACCAAAAACUGAUCCGUGGGAAUGUCAAACAUUUUUUUUUAAACAGCACUAUAGAAAAACAAUUAACAAAACAGCGCUCUGUUAUACAAGACAUAGAAGUAGAGAACUGUAACAGUAGACUUUUCUAACACCUUACUUUAACACACUUUUAAAAAAAACAUUUUUUUCCUGACUACCAUCAAGACAAAGUGCUUCUGCACGAUGGACUUAAUUGGUUUAUUGUUCUAUUGUCGAUGGAUAAAUGUUCGUCUGUUUUCGAAAUGUUAUCUUACUGUUUUGUUUACAUCCUAGUCUAUAUUGAUUUGUUCGGAGAGAGAGAGAGAAAAGUUGUACAUCAUUAUCAAGUAUACUCAACACCUUUUUUUUUUUUCAUUAUCAUAAUGUCUUACAUUUUCAUAUACUGCGGUUGUUAUGGGUUUUUCUUCUCUUCUUUCUUUUCUUUUUUAAAAAUAAUAUGACAAGCUAAGAAUGUUAUAGUGGGAAACAGGAAUUGUGUGCUUCAGAAAGCAAGACAAAAGAAUGUUCAGACGUUUUUAGAAGCCUCUAUCUGAAAACUUGAUUCCACUUUCAAAAUGGAGUCUUCAAACAUUAGUUGCAAGUUAUGGGAAGGGGCAGUCCUUGAUCCAGGGAGGGGCCGGAGUGUGAAACGGAUCAAACCUUCAAGGGCAAGAGGAUUUUCACUCAGAGGGCAGGCAGGAAAUACGAGAGAUUUCUGCAUUCAAGUGCCAUUUUCUGCUGCAAAUGGCGCACAACGCUUCUUGAUAUUUUAGC